GGUCCGCGUCCCAUGUGCCCGCAGCUAUCGUAUAGCUGUUUCUUUGAGUCGUCUGGUCUUCCUCGCCAUACCCGUUAGCCGCAUCAUUCGAUCCCACUUCGAGCUCUUGCCGCAAUAAUGUCGUCGGCAGAGCCACUGGUCUCCCCCACGCCCUCGACGCCAGGCGUGGCGGUCGUGAAGAAUCCCAAGAAUCAUUCGUGCGUGUUAUGCCAACAGCGCAAGGUCAAAUGUGACAGGAAGGACCCCUGCUCUGCAUGCAGAAAGGCUCAGGUUGAAUGUGUAUUUCGUCCACCUGCACCGCCUCGACGGCGCAAAAGACGAUCUCCCGAGGCCACAUUGCUUGCGCGGUUGAAGCGUUACGAGGAGAUGUUGAGAAGCUAUGGGGUCAAACUGGAUGGAUCAGAUGGGGAAGGUGGCGAAUUUGGCCCUGAGGGUAACGAGAUGGACACAGAGGCUUCUGAAGUCGAUUAUCGAAAAACAUCUGGAAUUUCAGGCAUGCGUAUCAAAGAUUCAGCAUCGCCGGCUAUGGAGCCAGGGAGACUAAUCUCGGAACGGGGCAUGUCUCGCUAUUUGGAUAACAACCUAUGGACCAGCCUCAGCGAUGAGGUAAGUUUCCCCUGGACCCUUUUGUUGCUCUCCGAUGAAGCUCGUUCUGAUUCAGCGAUCAAGCUCCGCAACCCCAAGGAGAUUUUACACGCAUCCUCCGAGGAUGAAAGGACUGAGUCGGCAACUCAACAUGGAAACGAUGCACUCUACCAAGGUAGUGGCCUUCUAUUUGGCUUCGGUCCUAUCACUACAAACUUGAGCGCGCUGCACCCACAAACCGUACAUAUCUUUCGAUUAUGGCAGACUUUCUUGGACAAUAUCAAUCCCCUCACCAAAAUCAUACACGCUCCGACGGUGCAGUCUGCCAUUCUCGAUGCAAGCGGUCAUAUUGAAAACAUACCCACGAGUACUGAAGCUUUGAUGUUUGCAAUUUAUUCCUGCGCAGUAUUAUCCAUGACCAAUGCCGAGUGCGAGGCUUUGAUUGGCGAACAAAGAUCAAUACUGUUGGAACGAUUUCAGUACGCAACACAACAAGCCCUUGUUGCCGCGGGAUUGCUUAAAUCUUCCGAUCUGGUUGUCUUGCAAGCAUUUGUCCUUUUCAUAAUCUCCGUCCGUUCAUCCUUCGAUCCCCGAACUUUAUGGGUUCUUACUGGUGUUGCUGUUCGAAUCAGUCAACGGAUUGGUCUCCACCGUGAUGGAGUCACAUUGCAACUGCCGAUGUUUGAAGUGGAGAUGCGCCGGCGGCUCUGGUGGCAACUUGUACUACUCGAUGGUCGCAGUGCAGAAAUGUCGGGUUCUGGAUCCUCGGUCCUCUCCCAUCUGUGGGACACUAAACCUCCUCUCAAUGUUAAUGACAGCGACCUUAAUCCAGACAUGCGGGAGCUCCCAGUAGAGCAUACUGGUAUCACUGAAAUGGUUUUUUGUCAGCUUCGAUAUGAAGUGGGCGAAUUUCUGCGUCGCUGCCCCCCGGGCAAAGGCUUCGACGGUGGUUGGCAGAAGCUGAGUACCAAUGAUGUGUCCUUGGCGGAGAAAGAUAAGGAGCUUGACGAUUUGGAGCGGAAUUUGGACCAAAAAUAUUUGCGAUUCUGCGAACCGCUAAUUCCUCUUCAUUACAUGAGCUCGACGAUGAUGUCAACAGCUCUCAGCAAGAUGCGUUUAGUUGCUCAUCAUCCUCGACAAUAUAUGGACGGCGGGGCAAGCCUGCCCCAAGAAGAGCGGGAUAUGCUCUUUCGAAAUGCUUUACAGGUCAUUGAGAGCGACAAUCUAGUCAUGUCAACCAAGAGCUUGCAAAGAUAUCGUUGGCAUGUCCAGAUGAAUUUCCAACUCGACGUGCUAGUCUACCUCUUGAGCGAACUACGUCGUCGAACGACGGGGGUGCUUGUCGAGCGGGCAUGGAAUGAGGUUAACGAUAUGUUUCAAAACCACCCAGAGUAUAUUCAGUCAACCAAGAAUGCGCUUCACGUGGCCGUUGGGAACUUGACCUUGAAGGCAUGGGAGGCACUUGAAGCCGAGUUCACGCGCCAGAACCAACCACCGCCCAACCCGCCACCGCCAUUCAUUUCGGUGCUACGAUACCAACGAGGCCACAGUCAAACAUCCAGCGCCUCUCCCACGAACCAAAAAUCCCCACUCAAAACAUCAUCUGAAUACUCUUCGACUCCGGCUGACGAUCCUAUAAUAACAACCCCGACGUCCGGCAAUCCAGCUGGCAUUCCAGUCGAUCUGGCAGCGGGCAUAGAAGCACCGUUGUUGACCGGCUCUCUCCCAAUGGACCUCAGUCCCAUGGACUGGACCUACUGGGACGAUCUUCUUCAGGGUUGCCAGCUUCAGUCCUUCGAGGGCAAUAUACAACAGGAGUAUGGGUAACAUCUUCCAAGGGCGGGGGCCUAAGAAGACAGUUAUGUUUUGAAGCAUGAGGAACGGGAU